GCCGCCGCCGCCGCGCCGGCUUGACAGGGGCUGCCGAGAGCGGCGGGAGACGCGGGCGAGGGACAGGUUGGGUUUUGGCGGCUGACCGGCCGCCCCUCCGGAGCUCGGCGCACAAUGGCUGACAAUAAAGCGAAGUCGACCAAACCUGUGAAUAAGACUCCUCCAAAGUCUCCUUCAGAUCCAGCAAAGGACCGAGCAGCAAAACGAUUAUCCUAUGAUUCAAACAGCUCCCAUGAGGGAGCUAUGGCAGGAGAAAUAAGUGCUCUGGAAGAGGCCUUUAGAAAAUUUGCCAUCCAUGGUGAUACAAGAGCCACAGGAAAAGAAAUGCAUGGGAAGAACUGGUCAAAGCUAUGUAAGGACUGUCAUGUGAUAGAUGGGAAGAAUGUGACAAUCACAGAUGUUGACAUUGUCUUCAGUAAAAUCAAGGGAAAGUCUUCCAGAACUAUCACUUUUGAGCAGUUUAAGGAAGCUCUUCAAGAACUCUCCAAGAAGCGAUUUAAAGACAAGAGUGAUGAGGAAGCAGUUCAAGAAAUAUAUAAACUAAUUGAAGGAAAAGCCCCAAUUAUAUCUGGAGUAACGAAAGCCAUUUCAUCUCCAACUGUAUCACGCCUUACAGAUACAUCAAAAUUCACAGGCUCUCACAAAGAGAGGUUUGAUCCCAGUGGGAAAGGAAAAGGCAAAGCUGGCCGAGAAGAUCUGGUGGAUGCUUCAGGAUAUGUAUCUGGCUAUAAGCAUGCAGGCACAUACGAUCAUAAAGUACAAGGAAGCAAGUAAGGCUGAGGGUUUACAUCACAGAGGGAGAAAGAGGGGGGGAAAGAGAAUAUAUUUGUAAGAAUGAUGUAGAUGAAUCCCACAUGUUUUGGUUAUUGUGAAUGCUAAGACUAUGUUGUCAAGAAGUUGUUUUCAGGAACUGGAACUGAUUUCAACAUCUGCUGAGCUACUUGCAGUACAACGCCACUUCAUUACAUUCCUCAUGCGUAUAUUGGCAGAAAUAAACAUAUCGGUACAAAAAAUACAUAGUUUUGUUGAGCUUUAGACAAAAAAAAAAAGUCAAGAGCAGUUAUACCACACUUUGUCAAUUCAAGGAAAAGAUCUCAAACAUUCCUAAAUGUCCAGUUGCCCUGAUGAUGUCGAAGAGAACCUCUUGAAAAGAGGGUCUUCCGUAGCAGUCUUUCUGAAUAAUAUCCCAUUAUUUAUGCAGUUUGAUUUGACUACUGUUUUGGGGUUUUUUUAAAAUGUCUUAUACGGGAUCUGGCACUUUCCUUAAAACAUUCAACAAUAUACUAUUGGGGAGUAAGUGGUUGAAAUAUACAAGGUGCUAGCCUGUGAAUGUCAUACACCACUCAUGAAAAACUGAAAAAAAAAAAAAAAAGCUAUUUCUGGGACAAUAUAGGUUCUAAAGUAUUUUAUGUCAACAGAAAGAGAUGGAAAAUACCAGCCCUUACUUUCCUCCUGUCUAUACUUUGUGCUUGUUACUGUGUGUGCUGUAGCAUGGUUCUGACUGGCUGGAUUUGGAUGGAGCUGUUGUACUAACCUGAGAGGUGAGGAACAUUACUAAGAAAGUCUAUUAAAGCUUUUUGCAGUUUGUUUUCAAGUUUGCACUGCCUCACAUUUGAAAUGAAGGGGGCAUUAAGCUAAUAAUGCUUUAAAAUAUUGAUUAUGACUAAACACUGCCAAUCAGAUUGCUAUUAAGUGAAUGUUAUUAUGCACGUACAUUGGCACAUACUCCCUUCAAGCUAUAACAUAUGUAAGGAAAGUUUAUGGCCCCUUGGAAUAAGGACAUUUACAAUUAAUAUCCAUGUAAUUAAGUGCAAUUUGCCCACAAAAAUAUAGUAUUCUAACUGGGCUACGUUUUAUGUUAGAUUUCUUUGAAGCCAAGGGAUUUGAUUAUCUUUUCACUUUUGCUGCCUAACUUGGGAGUAGGAGUAUUGAUGGGAAUGGCUUUCCACUGCUAUGGAAGGAGCACCAAUCCCACAGGCUUAAGGUACAGGCAGCUGAGUGUGACCUGCCUGGGGCCCAGAAUGCCAAAACAGCUCAAUAGGAAUAAAAAUAACUCAUUUUUGUAUAUUGGUGAAAAAGGAGAGAAAAGGCUGGUCCAAUUUUCCGCAAGAGCUGAACAAGUACCCUGAGGUAUUACUCUGCUUCUCUAAAAUUGUAAAAGAUAAGAAUUUCGGUAUUCAAACCCAGCUACUAGCAGUUCUGCCUUGCUUUCUUUCAAAAAGUGCUCAUGCACUGAUUUUCAUGCUCGACUCUGAAUAAAGGUUAAUAAAUUUAUUGCUCUCCUCCCACCCGUAUCAGCAUCCCACUCAGAGUACAUCAAAUUUAGUGAGCAGUGUGUGCUGUCAUGUGCCAUGCAGGUCAGCAGUCUGUAUUUGGCUGAUGUCCGGAAAGAAAGCACUGGUUUUCAGCCCUUAAACUGUUUGUAUUUUGUUUUUCUGACAUUGAAUGGUAGCCUUUCUUGUAACUUUGCCUCCAAUGACCUUUUGAGCCUGUACAUCAGCCUGAAACCAAAACAACAAUAGUAAACAAAGGCAAGGACUUCCUUGUGGACUUGGAGAUUUUUUUGUUUGUUUAUAAUUUAUUUGGGGUUUUGUUUUGGAGAGGGAGGGAAGUUUGCCAAAACUCAGCACUUGUUCUCGUAAAGAUUUAAAUGGCUUUUCCCAUGGUUGGCUCUAGUUACCUGGGAAGAUUUUUGAUGUAUGUAAGGAUGCUCAGGAUGAGAAGCAUCCAGUUUCGUGAAGCUUUUCCAAGGGUUACCCGUUGUUCUUGAAGAAAAAUUUCCAUGGAAUGAAGGAUUAUCCACUCCCGUGUUGCACUGGUGACCUGUCACACUCUGAGGCAGAAAAUAGCAUACUGUGAUACCAACAAUGGCUAAGUUAUUCCAGCAUGGUAGUGAACUGUCUAAAUGUAGAGAACUUUCUUCUACGUCACGGGUGCCUGUGCACCUGAAGAAGGCUCCGGGAUAGUCCUGGGUUUUGUGAGAAAAAAGGCUAAGCCUCUAACCCUUGAUAAAUCCUUCAGCUAAGUUACAGGCAAAACCAGUGUCCCGGUUCUUCCCAUUGACUUUAAGACUUGACUCAUAACUCACUGGGAACUGAAAAGAUCUGGACCCAGCCCGAAUGAAGGGUGAAGCCCAGUCUACUGCAGCACACUGUUGAUCUGGCUGUUUGUUGCUAGCUAGCUGCCUUGUCUGGCACAUCGGGUGAUAUUUAACCUGAGGUGCACAAGUGACAGGCUUUCUCAGGUACCCACACACUGAGUGUCAGUAAUGCCAGACUCUUGCUAUGUAGGAGGAGUGAUUGGUUAGGAAGGUUUUAAGGUAUAAUUAGGUUUUAAGUUGCUAGCUCACAGUGUGAGAGAGACCAGCACGCUCAGAAGAUGGAAGGCAUGCAAAGGAAUUGAGAAUGCAGACAGGUCCAUGCUGACACUGAAUAGAAAUUGAGCUACUUUGUUUGCUUAGAAGAGGCUGAUGGAACUAGCUGGGGUUCUGCCAGAGUUUACUUUCAUUACUUGUACAUUAUAAAAUCCCUGCCACGAACCAAAGCACUUUGUAUGGACCUGAUGCAAAGUUCUUUGAAAUACUUUCAGUGGUGUAGUAAGCUUUGGAUCAGGACCUGAGAAGAUGCUUCAGAUGGCAGUCUUUUGAGGAACACACUGCUUUGUUUCUUUUUCAUUUCUACAGUUGGAUAGUUUUAAAACUCAAUCAAACAGAUGCAUGAAAAGAAGUCAUUCUGAUAUGACAGUGACAAAGGGAAGUUGUGGCUGGAAAGAUAGCACUUUGGAAAGAUUUUUCCCUUUUACUGCACUUGAUGUGGAAGAUAAGGACUAUGAAUAAAAGCACCAUAUGCAGCUGUGUAUUAGGGGUUCAGCCACCUACUUAAGCUCUUUUCCACUAAUAUCUGUAGGAAAUUAAAAGCCUAAAUACUAGCAUGAAUGUUAGCCGUAAGUUCCAGGCCUGCUUGGGAAUGAGGCAAAGUACAUUUUCUUGUUCAUCUGCAACUCCCUCAACUCUCAGGCCCGCAAGUACAGCUGGCACCUCAGAGAUGAGGGGAAGGGAUAGUGCAGGAGGUGACCCAUUUUCAACGCUUGGAGUGUUGUAGGGCAUAUGCUUUUCCUGUGCACCAUACUCCAGACUGUAAAAAAAUGUCAUGUCUGAAGUGAGGACAUGGGUACCUAAUAAGGUUUACACUCAUCUCCUUUUUUUGGGCAUCUCAACUCAUUCCAUCUAGAUUUCCAGUCUGAUUUUCAGCAUCUUAUACUAUGCAGCACUCUUCUGUACGACAUCUUCUGUAAACCCCUGUUGUUCCUAACUAUCUUUGCUUUUGUUAGCACUGAACAUGCUACCAAAAGAAAUGUGACCAGAAAGUUCAGGUAACUUUUAGCAAUAACUGCCUUAAAGAACAAACUCACAUUACACUGUUAAUUUAAAAUCAAAAUCUUAAAUGGUAUGGCAGUACACAAUCUUACCUGUAUCUUCACUGAGGCUUAACCUGGCCAUCAAAGCCUUUGCAAGACUGAGGACAAGAAAAAAUCCUCACUGAGGCAAAAGACUAGUCCUUACAAAUCAUUUUCUAAAAGUAACCUAGUUUUUAAAUAAAAUAUGCAUAAGUCAAAUGCGUUCUCUUACUAGUGCUCGCUUACUAAUUUCCUCUAGCACUCCGUGUGCUUUAGUUACUUGUUGAGAGUUUUGCAACAAUCUUAUCAAUAUGGAAAUAUCAGAAACAAAAAUUAUUGUCCUACUUUUUGUGGCUAUGAAAGCUAUCACAAUAGUGUUACUGAAAAGCAGACAUUAAAAAACAUACGUUGUUUCAACAGUCCUGUAUGAACAGUUGUCAUUAAUUGUAAUCAAAUAUUUGGAAUCCCAAAGGAAAUGUUGAACAUUGGACAGCAGCCAAGAUCUAGCCACUCUUUUUUUUUUUUUUUUUUUUUUUUUAAACCCUACAAUAUUUCUUAACUCUUUUUCACUUUAGGGAAGGGAAAGGGAGAUUUCAAAACUACUCACGUCACAACUUGUGUAGAGCUUGUCCUUCAAAGAUAUAUUGGAUUGAAGUAUGGUAUUUUCCAUGUAUUUUACUGACCUUAACCAAAACUAAAAAUUCCUCUGACAAGUUUUUGGCAUUAUAGAAAGUUUUGUUCAUGAAUUAACAUUUCAGUCACCCAUGCUUUCCCUCUAUUGCCUCAAUUAAUAUUUUUUUAUGGUAGCUUGAAUUAGCCAGAACUAAAAGGCAAAUGACGGCUAUGGGUUUGGCUUGCAAGUGAUAGGUAUCCCAGCCAUCUGUAACCAUCUGUAGAGAAAAUCUUUGUGUAUCUUUCUCCAAAACCAAAACUUUAAAGUUGUAAUUGAUAGGUUUUUUCCUUAAGGCUUGUCAUAGUUAUAAAAUAAAUUUUAAUUCUUUGUGCCUGCAUGUAUGAUAUUCAAAACAUAACCCUGCCUUUCAGUGAUGCAUGUAUUCUGGGGGCGUGUACAUGUCAUCCAUGAAUAAGAAUUCUGUUUGCACUGGCCAAGAAACAAACCUUUUACCUUUAUGAUAGAGCAAAUGUAAUGUGUUGCACUAGUACAUGUCCUCUUAACUGACUGUUAGCCUUGCGUGUGUGCCAAAAUAACUACACCUUUGUGUACGUUGUUUGUAGUGUGAAUAUUAUGUUCUUGGCUCGUCUGUUAGUUGGUAAUAAGUAAUGUAAUACACAAGACUUAUACGGGUUUUUGUGUGCGUACACAUGCUCUUUGGAUGCAGCUAAGUAAUUAAACUAUAUAGAUGUUGAUCCAAACCUUAAAUCUUACUAGGGCCAAACUCUCGUCCUGCAGCCAAUGCUGUUCAGCUUGGCCGGUUGGUGACACUGCCAUGCUCCCUCCAUAGCAUGAAGCUAAAGAUCUAAGGAGGCUUUUAUGCUUUUACACGUCUACCCUGUUCCUAUUUCUGGGGGAAAUCACUCUUCAGUGAUUCUAACAUAGGCUUGGUGUGACAAGAAGAGUUUCUCGGUAGUGAGGAAGUAGGAGAGAGAGAGAGAGUCAGGGCAAAAGCAAGAUUUGCUCUGAGUGCUCUCAAGAGACCAUUUAAAAUUAUGCCCGGCAGGGGCCCUAUAUUUUCCUUUGCCCCAACUUUGUGAAGCAAGUUGACACUCACUGUGUAUACACGCAGUUGUUCAUCAUCAGUUAGUUAAGUACAAAGUCACGGUAUAUUGAGGUGGGAACAGGAAACAGGACCGUCGUACAAUGCCUAUGGACUUGAGUCUUGCGUAGACCUUUAUAAAAUUAAAUACCUGAAGCAUAAUGACAGAUCUCACACUUGUGUGAUAUUCUCACAGUCUGGAGUGCCUCAACUUGAUACAUGUGUACCUUUGGAGUGUUUGCCCGUAAAAUAGCAUUUAGACAUUCAGUUACUCAUUUUGUGCACCCAAGUGCCCAUUUGGCUUACCUAAUAUAAGCUGGACGUGAUGGACUGGGCUUUUUUUUUUAAGUCUUCAGAAUCCUCAUACUAGUGAGAGACCUUUAGUUGCAUUCACGCUUGCUCAUUAAACUCAAAAGCAAUGCUUUGAAAGAUGUCCCAGCUAAGAAUGGUGCUUCAGGAAGCUAAAGAAUAUCGCAGGUAGAACCUCCAUGUCUUAAUUGUCCAAGUAAUUUGUUUUUGCAGGGAGAAAUCACUGUAAUAUAUUUGGUAUUUUUUCAUGUUUUUCAGUAUAUUACCUUGGCUAUAUUGCUUCAAAAUCCAUAUGGAGAAGGUGGAUUUCAAAACAAGUUUAUGAUAUAACUCUUUACUUUGUUGUCAAGAACAUUUGAAUUGGCUUUUUUCAUUCAAACCGAUUGAUCGUCCACUCUAGGUAGACUUUGGCAAGAGCAAGCCUGAUAAUAAAUAAAAGGGAAAAAAACCCAGCCGAUUUGCUGGGUAUUCUUGACAGACAUUUGCAGUACUGGUAGUCUAUAAUGUGUUUUUUUUAAAAAUAAAUUCUCUUUUGUAAUCAUGCACAUGUGCAUGCACACAUGCACUACUCUGGGGCAUAUAUAUAUAUAUGAGUGCCAAGAUAACAGAAGAGGCUUUUUUUUUUUUUUUUUAAAUACCUUACAUUUGGAAAUUUACAUUGAAAUGCCCAACUAACCUGAUUUGGAAAAAUGUUAAGCACCUCCCAUAUUCCAUUACAGGUAAACAGCCAAUGAAUUAAUUUUCAAAUAUAGUUAUACGGCAUCUCUUUUUGUAAAGCUUAUGACACUGUACGAAGUGAGUUUUGUUGUAAGCAUUUGUAAAGGUCUUAAAGAUAACACUCAUGAUAAUUUGCCCUUACCUUCAAUUAUCUUUAUUCAAGAUUUUUCUAUUACUUGGCAUAUUUUCCAGAACAAAUCACAAACAUGAAUAAACUUACAUUCAAGUUAAUUAAAAAUGUCACCCUAAAAGUACACUCAUACUUCAUCCAUCUUUACAUUUUGAUCAGAAGCUAUAUUAUGGAUGAUCAACAAAAUAAGAAAAAAGAUGGCAAUCUGUAUCCCCCACAAUGGUGAAUUAUUUUAAGCUCCAGUUUACAUCAGAUGAGUUUCUGUAUGCUUGUGUUUGCUCAAAUGCUAUUUUUAAACAAAGCCAUUAAAUAAUGUGAAAUAAUGCAGCCUGGGCUCUGUUAAAUAGUGUUAUAUUAAUGCAACUGAAAUGCUGUAUGUCUGUAAUAUUCAUGCUAAAUACAUACUAGCUCUUUGCAAAGGCUUUGUGUAAGGUCAGUUAACCGACAAACUCUGAUGUCCUGUGUAAAAUCCUGUUGGCAAACUACUUUUCGUAGCGCUGUAGUAUAUGAAAUGGCAAGGUCAUAGACAAAAACAAGUUACAGGAUGCAACAAAAGUGUGUUUGUGUUUAUCUUUGUGCUGGGUUCAGAAUAUAUCAGCUUUGGCAAACUAUUGCAGCAGGGAAAAUGUUUUGUAUAAUGCUUAUAAUACAAAGUAAUUUGUCUUUAUAUUCUGUAAAGCAGAGAAAUGGUCAAUGUUGGAUAAGUAUAUUGAAGUUUAUUCUUAGCAAGGUUUUGUUUCACAGAUUUAAAUAUUACGGGAGAAAUAUAUAUUUAUACAGAAGUAUAAUUUUUGAAUGGUUGAGGUUGGUUUUCUUCAGUCAUGAACCAUUUAUUUAUCCGCAUUAUGCUUUAUUCCUUUGCUAGCUUGUUUAUCUGUCCAUGGUGUUCCAACAUCCAUUUCUAAUUUGGUUUAGAUGUUUUGAUUCUUUAUUUGCACAAAUCUGGAUGUGCAUGCUGUCAGGACCUGAUCAUAACAUGUAGAGGCAAAAUGAUUUUUGUCUGUGAUUACCUAGAGCACUAAUAAAAAUUUAAUCAUUAAAUAGUUGUGAUAUGGUGAUAGGUCUCGACAUAGUCUUCCUUGGAACACUGUACAGCAUGAUAGAAACCUUCAGUGAAUCUCACUAUUUCUCAUUCUUAUUUUCAUUUGUCUUUCAUCUUGGUCCAGAAAACCAGGAAGCUGCUGUGUGCUAACAAUUACCUGCAAUAUUUGUAAUUGCAGGCAUUGCAAACAUUAACAUUCAGCUGUACUAGCCUACUGUGUUCACUGUGAAAUUUUCAACACGGUAAAAAUUUUACAUGAUCAUUUAACCUUACAAGUUUACUUUUUUUCUCACUAAUUUAACACUGAACCUUUUUUUUCAUUAUCGCAAAUGAACUUGAGCAUAGCAUUUCUUAAUGUUAAUUAUAAUAGGUAAACAUAUCCUAAGCAAAGAUUUUUAACCACUUGAUGAAGGGGGCCAGGCACCAUCCAGUGCGAAGUACACUGGGCAAAAUCUUAUCCCCACUGCAGUCAGUGCCAAAAUUCUAACUGGUGUUAGCAAAAACGGAAUCACCAUUACCAAGGGGUUAAUAUGCUUAGUAACCGUGACAAGAGGUUAUGGGGGAGCAGAACAGUGAUUCUCGGUUUCCAUAUCUUUGUUUCUGUUAAUUUAAAACUACUACUAUUCAAUCUUUAAAAUAAGUAAAAGAAACUUGAAGGGGGGAUCAUAUACUACUAGUUUGUACUAGGUUUUUUCAGGAAAAGGAAACAAAUUUAUAUAUAUAUAUAUAUGCAAUAUAUUUUUACACUGUUUAUUAAUGCUAGAAAGUAUUAAAUGUAUCACUUUAUCAGUGUGAAUGUUAAAGUAAUGACAAUGUUAUGGAUGUUUUAAACCUUUUAAAGUUGUCUUGUUAAAUUCUAAACCCACAUUAACAAUGGAAAAGCUACUUGUCUACAACAUUAUUGUUGAUGUUUUAAGGAAAAAGUUCAAGUACAGCAGUUGUUUGAUUAGCACUGUAAAAGCUUGGCUUGAAAAGUUGUAGUGAAAUCCAUAUUGUAAACACCAUUUUUUAAAGCAUAGCUUCUCAUAAAAUAUGUUACUGCUGUUGACUGACUGUAUAAAAUUGUAUCCUUAGUUGGUAAAGUGAUCAAUAAAUGUGCUAACUACAUCAAUUCCUGGA